ACGUUUGAAAUACUGGUGUACCCCUUUUUACUUUUUCAAUAGCAUAUUACGACACAUUUCAGUGACAUUGUGGAGAUGUAAAGAGAAGGAGGAAGUGAAAAUGGAAAGCUUUGCAUGGACGGUUUCCCUGUGUAUACUUUGGUUAGGAUUUUUGAAUAGGGCUGACGCAGACAUGUACUAUUUAACAGUGGCUAUUCCUAAGUCUGAUGACCCUGAUGUUAUCUUACAUCUUUUUAGCAACAAGUUCCAGGAGUGGGUACAAACAUUCGGGGACAGCAAUUGUAAUCAAACUAUUCAAUUAAUAAAUAUUACACUGCGGCUGCAAGCUGCUGAAGGCAUGAUAGAGCUUCAAAGCACACCUACCUGUAUGUUUGGUACCUAUAUUGACUACAUUGAAAGAGCUAUUUAUAAUACUAUUGUCAAUAAAUCAAGGGUGGUAACUUUGAAUGGAACAGAUAUUUACAUACAAGACGUAAAUAUUUACGACACUUUUGAAAAAGCGAACCGAGGCAUGUUUCCUAUGGAUUUGUCGCUGUGCAGACUCAAUUCAUCAUUCUGCAGACCCAAUGAAUGGUGUAUUGACACACACUUUCUUCCUGUGUGUCAAGCUUUCUGUGAUUAUGGCCAGUAUUUAGAUGGAAAAAACUGUGUCAAUUGUACAGCUGGUCAAACUACAUUGAUGCGAAAUGCUUGGCCAAAGGAGGUUUGUGUGGAUAAAUGUCCAAGUAACUAUUAUUAUAGUUUACAAAAUCAAUCAUGUGUUACUUGCCCUGCUGGUCUGUACUGGAAUGAUGAAUACAAGGCUUGCUUUGUAUGUCCUUAUACAACAUUUAAUUCUACUUAUUGUGAUAAUGGAACAGUUUCAGAAAGACAAAUAGACAACAACAGAAUAAACAUCGACUUGACUAUGACAUUGAUUACCUCAACUUGCUCCAAUAUUCAGUAUAACAGUCUGCAGUAUCUCAAGAAAUUGUUAAUAAAUUCGUUGAUUUAUAGCAGCGAUGCGUACUACAUAGGGCUCUGCGUAUCAAACUAUAAAUGCCUUUAUCUUGAUAUUGAUGUUGACAAUAAAGAAAUGUGUGUUACAGACCCUUCUUGUUCAAAUGAAACAUGUGAAUUGUACAAAACUAAAUUCCAUGCAACAUUCUUUUACGUUUGGCAAUAUGUUAGGCCUCCACAGGAUUGGGCUAAAAUUAACCAUUUUCAAAGCUCAGUUGAUGUUCUGCUACGCGAUUUGUUUAUUGGGUCCGCAAGAAUUUGGAGAUUUUCUAUCGAUGGAGACUUGGGUACGCUGAUUACACAGAUGGACUUCAUUACAAGGUUUCUGAUGCCUUUAAAUCCAAUCAUUACAGUUGUUGAUUUAAAGCCAAAGACAAUUUAUCUGAGUUUUGUUUCAAACAAGAAUGAUACAUAUGGAUCUUAUGAACGUUUUUUCAACGAAAUAUUGAAGAAUGUUACAGAAGGAGCUGGUUUUGAAGAUGUGCAAUUCAGUUUGUGUGAAUCUCUGUACUGUGUCAACUGUACACUGUUGAUGAAACGAGAUGUGGAUGAUAGUCUCAUUAACAGCGUGGCUGACAUUAUCAUUCAGUAUCAUUCCAAAGUAGGACUACUAGACACACAAGUCAAUUUUGAGCUGUAUGGUUCUAUAGAAUUGUUUAGGAAUAUCCAAGAUAGAGACAAUGGAAUUAAUGCUGUAGACUGGUGUGAUGUUGUGAACAGACUGGCUUUGGCUUCAUACUUUUGUGAUGUUGGAGAUGUUUGUACUGAUGUUGACGAGCGCUUUAUAUUUACAUGCACCGAUCAUAACAGCAGUACAAGUACCAUCAACACUAUGGACAGUACUUCAAUGUAUAAUAUACUACCAUCGAGCCUAGUGGGCUUUUUUGAAGACAGCAGUGAUGUUCCUGAUGUAAUCCUGCCUUUUGGUAUGUCAGAUAUAAUCGCCUCAUCUACCUGGCCUGAAAAUACUAUGUCAAGUAAUGAUGAUCUAAAAUCCAGUUCAUCUCCAUACUAUGACCAAAGUGUGUCCCCUUCAGAGAGCACACCCGACCUUUAUGAUAUGUACAGUGAUUUGUACAUUGAGGAAUCUAGCUUGCCAUAUGACUAUCACAGCAGUCGGCCACUACAAUCUUCAUAUGAAGAUCAAAUUGAAGAAUCUAGCUUGCCUUAUGAUUACUACAGCAGCCAAAGUCAAUUUUAUAGCAGUCAAGAAACAUCCUAUAGUAGUGCUAUAGAACUUUAUACUAGUUCAGAUGAAAUGUAUAGCAGUCAAGAAACAUCCUAUAGUAGUGCUAUAGAACUUUAUAGUAGUUCUGAUGAGCUUCAUAGCAGUCAAGAUCAGCCUUAUAGUGCUUCAUAUCCCACAUCAAGUAUUAUGGAGACAUUUAUUUCCAGCAGCAGUUAUGUUUCAACCCAGAGCACUGACCUAUAUAAUGACACAACCACUGCAGAUACAAGCAAUGGAAGCUCUACUUUGCCCAGCAGCACUUAUGUUGCAACCCAGAGCACUGACCUAUAUAAUGACACAACCACUGCAAGUUCUACUUUGACCAGCAGUACAACUUCGCCCACUUCUACAACAACCUCAACCACAACUACCACAGCUCUGUACCCUUAUGGUAAAACAGUUGGUGAUUUUAAUGUCAAGACAAGAGGCAACGAGUAUUUUUACUAUUGGUAUGAUGCUAUCAGUGAUCCAAUCUAUUUUCCUACUGGUGUGCCAUUUGGAUCACAAUCUGUGAAGGUGGCUCAUGUUCUGCCCAAUGGUGUGAUUACAUUUGGAAAGCAAGCAAGAGUCUGGUGGCCAAAUUUAUGGUACUUGACUUCUUCUUCAGAAGGAAAUGUUCUAGCUCCAUUUUGGACUUACACUAACCCAUACUCUAAUGGGACUGUUUAUUAUCAGCUCUAUGACAAGGCAAACAGCACUUCAGCAAGCGUCAUUACUAGAGCUACUGAUGAGGUCAGAGAGCAGUACAAACUAAACAAUUUCAAUGCUACAUGUGUCCUGGUAGCUACUUGGGAGAAUGUAGAGCCUGAGUCAUGGUAUUACUGGUUAUGUGAUUACUAUCGCUAUUGGAAGGAUUAUUACUGGUGGUGGCAAUUUUAUCAAUAUUAUUAUGAUCUCUACUGUAAUAAGGCAGUACAGACAAACACUUUCCAAGCAGUUUACAUCACAGAUGGACAGACAGCUUAUGCCAUUGUUACCUACAAACAAGGUGCUAUGAACUGGGCCUAUGACCAGUGGAGAACAAUUCAAGUUGGUUAUGCACAUGUUGAUAAUUACAUGGACCUGGGUAUUUCUUAUACAGAACUGACCACUAAAAUGGACACUACUGUCUGGAACUCUGGUCGCUAUGGAACUUGGAUAGAGAAAGUUGGCGAAUCUAAAAACCCAAAUAGUCAGUGUUACAAUUUCUACCUGUCAAACAAAUAUUUACUUACUGACACACUACAUAAAAAAAGGGUCAAGGAUUUGUUUGAAUGUCCAUGUAUCCUCGGUGAUGUAGGAGCACAGUGGUGGUAUUAUUCCUGGGCACCUCUAACUGAAGGGCCCACUUGGUCAUAUGUUUAUUGUUUUGCUAUUAGUCCAAUUGCCAAAUCAAGAUUGGCCAGAUUUCAAGGAAAUCCUCUAAACAAGUUGUGUUGCUACAAAUAUACUUACCCUGACUAUACAAAAUACUGGGAUUGGGAAGCAUGGUCCAAUGCAUGGAGGUACGCCCCAUACAUUCACUACAGAGAUAUCAAUGCCGGUCAUCUUCUGCUGAAUGACCCUUGGCAGUGGUGGUGGUGGGGAGGUAAUGAUGUUCGCAAGUCCAGAGAGGAAGACUUUAACCCACACCGAUGGUGCUGUGAAGAAAGUAGCUCCCCUUCCUACUACUGUGGACUGUUUAAUCAAGUCAGACCAGACUAUAGCUGUUCCUGGGAAGCGGAGUUUAUAACAGGUAGAGCACUGGGUGAUCCCCACAUCAAGACCUUGGAUGGACUUGAAUAUGCCCUAAAUUAUUUGGGAGAAAAGAUUUUACUGUACAUUGUGGAACAGAAGUUUAUGGUACAAGCCAGAACCAAACAGGUGGUCAACAGUAAGGGAGAUAAAACCAAUGCAACCAUUUUUGUUGCUUUUGCAGCUAAAGAAGGAAAUUAUUCCUCAUUUCAAGUAGAACUGAAUGCCCAAGAGUUAGGAAUGAUUAUAACAGCAAAUGGGCAUGACUGUACUCAAGACUUUUACAAGAUCAAAGACUACAAUGAGACAUUUGAUAAUAACAGUAUCAGUGUGAAACGACUUGAUAAAGAAAACAAAACAAAUUUAAUAGUCAGCUUUCCCUCAACUAUUACUCUGAAUUUCUUUGUGGGUGUUAAAAAUCUGGAGAUCUCAGUAGACAUCCCCAAAAUGUACAAAGACAAGACAAGUGGCCUGAUGGGAAAUUUUAAUGGCAACCCUGAUGAUGAUUUCAAACUUCAAAAUGGAACUAUUUUAAGUCCUAACAGCACUGAGAGGGUUAUUUAUGAAACUUUUGGUCGAGAGUGGGAUGUCACCACCAGUAAUACUAUCUUUACAUAUCCUUUGGGUGAAACAGCCCUUGACUACCAGUUCCCAGAGUUCCAACCUUUGUUCGAAGAAGACAUUGACCCAGUCAAACGCAGUGAAGCUCAGUCCAAAUGUGGUGACAAUGAUGCUUGUAUCUACGACUAUGUGUUGACUGGAAAUGAGCAAUUCGCAUUGAAUACCAAGAUUUCAGUUAAUGAGGCCUCAUUGCGGCAGACAAGUCAAUGUAAUACGAUAGUACAAUUAAUUAUACCUAACAGAAUGCUAAUGUAUGCCUCUGACGCAGAUAAUGAUGCUGUCACCUUUCUCCUUGUUGAUGUUGUAAACUCAAAUGUCACCAUUGAUUCUAAAACUGGAGUGCUAACCUAUAUACCAGACAUAAACAAACCAUUAUCUAUUGGUGUACAAGCUAAAGAUGCUAAAGGGGAUCCCUCCACAAUUUUAUAUCUAGACAUAGUUGUCUGCCCUGAUUGUAGUGGCCAUGGAGUUUGUGACAGAAGCAGGACACAGGAAGAAGAAAAAGAAAAUGGACGAUUUCUGCUGAAUACCUUGAGCAAAGUGAAAAUAUUUACCCAAUGUUCUUCCAAAUAUGUUUCAGAUAAGAAUGAGUGCUUUUCAAAUGGUACUGAGUCUGAGUCAGUGUGCCCCGAGCAUUCUGAUUGUGAGAACAAUGUAGGCUCCUACACCUGCACCUGUUUGCCUGGGUACAGACUUGAUCCCAAGAAUUCAUCACUUUGUAAAGAUGUGGAUGAGUGUGCGGAAAAAACCCACAGUUGUCAACAAGUGUGCGAGAACACAGAAGGUGGCUUUAAUUGUUCCUGUUUACCUGGCAAUGUAUUAGCAGAAGAUAAAAAGACUUGUCAGAGAGAUGUUAAAAAUGCAGUUUUAUGCAGUGCAAAGGGAUGCAAUCAAGUGUGUAUGGUUGUUGAUGGAAUAGCCUCUUGUGGCUGUAACGCAGGUUACACAAACAGUAGUGACGCCUUCUGCACUGAUAUCAAUGAGUGUGCUCUGGCCAACAAACCUUGCAGUCAGUCUUGUCAAAACACAGAUGGUGGCUUCCUUUGCUCAUGUUAUCCUGGAUAUAAAUUAGAUGAGGACAAAGUGUCAUGCAUUGAAUGCAACCAGCCAUAUUAUGGUAUUAACUGUUCAAAAAUGUGUGUGUGUAAUGGCCGUGGUAAAUGUAACAAUGUAAGAGGUUGCGAGUGUAUAACUGGCUGGAAUGGAGAUAACUGUAACCAGGAUGUUGAUGAGUGUGCCACUAAUGGGGCAUGCCUCCUCGGUCAGAUCUGUGUCAACACACUAGGCUCGUUUAAAUGUGAAUGUCCAUCUGGUUUUGAAAAUAUUUCUGGACAGUGUCAAGACAUCAAUGAGUGUCUUGAUGUGCUAGACAACAAAUGUGACCUGUCUACAGAAGAUUGUAUUAACAACAUGGGAAGCUACUCCUGUGAAUGUAGGACUGGGUUUUCAAGAAACAAGAACUAUAUCUGUCAAGACAUAGAUGAAUGUGCUACAUCAAGUCACAACUGUGAACAGAUUUGUGAAAAUACUGAAGGAAAGUUCAACUGUAAAUGCUUUUAUGGAUUUACCCUGGACAUUGAUAGAGCCCACUGCGUCAAAAGAGAUGUUGAUGUGUGUGGAGGAUCAAAUUUAAAUUGCAGUGACAUCUGUACUGUACACCUGGUCACCAACACAUCUCAUUGCUCAUGUAACAGUGGCUAUAGUCUUCAAGGCACUAACACAUGUGUGGAUAUCAAUGAGUGUGACUAUAACUAUUUGAACUUAUGUGGAGAGAAAGAGAAAUGUGUGAACAGUGUUGGUGGAUUCACCUGUUCAUGUUCACCUGGGUUCAAACUGGACAAUGACAAAAGAACAUGUCUGGCCUGUGGUGAAGGUAAAUGGGGACUGGAAUGUUCCAAUGACUGUGCCUGUAGCACUGGAGCUGACAGAUGUGACCCUCAGAAGGGAUGUAUAUGUAAACCUGGAUUUACUGGUACUCACUGUGAGAAAGAUUUGGAUGAAUGUACAACUGGACUGUUGACCUGUGGUCAGGGAGAGAAGUGUGUCAAUACAUAUGGCAGUGCCAGUUGUCAGUGUCUUGAUGGAUAUACUCAAGUUUCUGGACAAUGUAAAGAUAUUGAUGAAUGUUCCAGUUUACUUAGCAACAAAUGUGACCAGGUAUGUCAGAACUAUGUUGGAGGCUACACCUGCUCAUGUCAUACAGGUUACAAGUUUGAACCAGUCAAUAAAACCUGCUCAGACAUAGACGAGUGUCUUCUAAAUGUAGAUGGCUGUGAACAAAUUUGUGAGAAUACCAAUGGAGGCUAUCAUUGCUCAUGUCUCAAUGGAUUAAAGUUGGAUGUAGAUGGAGUCACUUGUUCUGUCACAAAAGAAUGUUCAACCAAAGUCUGCUCUGACAAGUGUGCUGUUGUCAAUAAUGUUGAGACUUGUCUGUGUCCCAUUGGGAAAAUUCUAGAUUCUGGUAAUGCUAAUUGUACAGACGUUGACUUGUGUAAAAAUAACCCUUGUUCUGAUACUUGCGCUGAGACUCCAGAUGGAACUCAUAUAACAUGUGGUUGUCCAACUGGCAAGAAGUUGGCUUUGGAUGGAAUUACAUGUCAAAGCUGUACAGAAGGAACUUAUGGAGACAGCUGUUCAAAGACAUGCUCCUGUACUUCUGCUAAUACCAUUUCCUGUGAUAAGGUGACUGGUCAGUGUAACUGCAAGCCUGGAUGGACUGGAAGCUCCUGUAGUGAUGACCUUAAUGAAUGCUUGACCACAACUUCCUGUCAAACCAAUGCUCACUGUGUCAAUACACCUGGCAGCUAUGUCUGUAAAUGUGAUCUAGGCUACUAUCUCAAUAAUGGACAAUGUCAAGCCUGUACAGCUGGGACUUAUGGUGAAGAAUGUAAAAACCAGUGUCAAUGUGACAUGUCACACAGUACAUGCAGUGUAACAACAGGAGGGUGCGAUUGUCAUUCUGGGUGGACUGGAGCACUAUGUGACAAAGAUCUCAAUGAAUGUGACUCCAACAACCAGUGUACUUCAGCUAACAAACUCCAUUGGGUUUGUAAAAAUACUCCAGGGUCCUACAAGUGUGAUUGUGAUGCAGGCUAUGAAAAUAAAAAUGGUGAAUGUUUUGAUCUUGAUGAAUGUGCAACUGGCUACACAAAUGAAUGUGAUGGAAACUGUACCAACACUGUUGGUAGUUACACAUGCUCCUGUAGCACUGGUUAUAAACUAGCCAUAGAUGGACAUGCAUGCGAGGAUGUAGAUGAAUGUCUUCAAGGUAACGGUGGCUGUCAACAAACGUGUGUCAAUGAAGCCGGAAACUUUUCCUGCUCCUGUAACGCUGGAUUUUCUGUGGAUGUGGACAGAACAAAAUGUUACAAAUCAUCUGGCUAUGGAUUUAAAGUACAAAUUUUCAAGGACGUGAGUGGUCUUAAUUUACGAGAGAAACUAGGAAAGGAUUAUCUAACUUUGAAGAAGUUGCUGGAACAAAAACUGAAAUCUAUAAUCAUAAAGAAAGUACCAGUAUUAAGAGAUCUUAUUAUCAACAAUAUGGAAUAUGGCAGCGUUAUUGUAGACUUUACCACAGUGGUAGAUACAACAGUAACCAAUUAUGCUGCCAGCAAGAUGGUGGAGGCAAUCUUGAACAUUGGGGAGACAGGAAUAACUAUUGACGGUUUAUUGUAUAAUGCUACAGUUAUUGUUGGUAAUAUCAAAGUUCCCCCAGUGCAAGACAAAUGUCAAAUAUUGAAUGCACUUGAGGCUUGUGACCCAGACACUGCCUGUGACCUCAACAGUGAUGGAGAGGCUUACUGCAAGGAUACUUCAGAAGAUAUGAACAUUCCCCUGAUUGUUAGGCUCUCUGUUGGUCUUCCGCUGGCCGUUGCGUGCAUUAUAACUGUUGUCUGCUGUGUAUGGUAUAAGAAGAAGUAUACUUUACAAAGAAGAGUAUGUGAGAAAGAGUCCAGCUAUACUGAGAGACCAACAACUCCCUCAACUCUUGAGGAAAGACCGCCAAGUGCCCCAAUAUUGGUAGCCUGGUCAGAGAAAGACAAACUAGUUUCUUAGUUUUGUCUGUAGCUGAUGUACUCUUUUAAUAGAGCAGUUGUUGUUUGAAAUCUUACUUAAAGCAAUUGUGAUUACCUGGCUCAUUCUACAACCUCACUCAAUGUAAUAUUGUAAAUACAUAUAUCAUUUUUAUCAUGUAAAUGUUUGUUAAAUGAUUUUCAAAUAUUUAAUGUAGAUAACAAUUUUUUUAUUGCAAUUUUGUAUUGUUUAUAUUGAUAUAGACCUAAUAAAUCUUUCCCAUUAUUGAUUUUUUGGGGGUAAAGGUAAAUGCUCAAUAAAAUAUUUCACUCUGAAUUUAAUCUAAUGAAUUAAUUUAUAAAGCUUUCAUUAACAUAGAACAAAACAUAAACAGUGAGACUCAACAUUUGUUUACCUUGAAGUUUAGGUUAAAAAUUGUAAAAAUAAAAAUUCCUGCCUUUUUUUUUUUGGAUAAAGCAUUGUUUUUUUGCUUAUAGCAUGCACAGUGUGCUAGGGCUAUAUGUGGGAGAAAAUUUACUUGCUGCCGUAAGGCGUCAGCACACACAACUUGGCUUGAGGCAGGUUUCAAACCCUUUCCCCUGACUUUUAGUCAAGCAGUCUAUUCAUUCCUUACCUUCUGCUUGGAGACUAGAAAAUUUGUUGAAUCCAGGAAAUGUCCUUGAAUUAGUCAGACUAGACAAUAAGUGCUCUGUUUUAAUUAGAUCAUAGAGUUUUAAAUAUAUUUUACUUCUAUAGUUCCCUCUGGAUUAUUGCAUCAGAUUUGAAUGUAUCAUUUUAUAUUAUUUCUAAUUUUAAAACCAAACUUUUAAUUUGAAUUAUUUAAUAGAAUAAUUAUUUUUUAAUUAAACUCUUUAAAUUAUAAAUUUUUUAUUUGAAUUUUUUUUUGGUAUUGACAAUCAGUUUACAUCUGUAACCAGAAUAAACCCACAGGAAAUUUGAUAUUAUAUUCUCGCAAGUUUACACAUUCUUAUUUAUAAAAUAAAUACUUUGUUGUAAAUGUUAUCUAAUGCUAUUGUAAAUUAUGUUCAGUAAUAAUACAUAAACAUUAACUCACA